AUGGACAGGUACACUAACAUUCACCAUCCAGACUAUGUGCCGGGAACUUUUAACAUCUAUUCCUCGCAGAGUUUUGAAAACGGCGUAAUCUAUGAAUCCACGCUUCGCAAGACGGACCAGGGAGUGGUGCUGAUUCCACAGCCGUCAGAAUCGCCCAACGACCCGCUAAACUGGACAAAAUGGCGAAAAAUGAUGCAUUUCGGGCUGAUGGCUUUCAUCACUGCGUUCACAGCAGCCACCAGUAACGACGCGGGAGCUGCACAGGACUCACUCAACGAGAUUUAUGGCAUUUCCUACAACUCCAUGAAUACCGGCGCAGGCGUCCUGUUUUUGGGCAUAGGUUGGGCUACUCUUUUCUUGGCACCAUUCGCUAAUCUUUACGGACGCAAAAUCACCUACGUCAUUUGUACGGUGCUGGGGUUGUGUGGUGCGAUCUGGUUUGCGUGUGCCUCCAAGACGCGCGAUACUAUUUGGUCGCAGCUCUUUGUCGGUAUCAGUGAGUCGUGUGCAGAAGCGCAGGUGCAACUUUCGCUUAGCGACAUUUUUUACCAGCAUCAGUUAGGAUCCGUUUUAACGGUCUAUAUUCUGGCCACCAGUGUUGGAACUUUUCUGGGACCUUUGAUAGCCGGAUACAUCGCAGGAAACACAUCUUUCCGCUGGGUGGGUUGGACAGCGGCCAUCAUCUCGGGUGUACUGUUGAUUUUCAUCCUGUUUGGCUGUGAGGAAACCUACUUCGACCGCAAUAAAUACUUGACGCCAACUUCAAAAAGAGCAUCCGGUAGCAGCAGUGACGAUAAGCCAAAUGUGACACCGGAGUCGGAAGAAAGCGGGGAUCAAAAAUAUCCACUACAGGACAUUGAACCCAGCACCAGCCAAAAAGUGGGAAGAACCAGUGAUGUCGUUCAGAGUAUAGAAGCCUCAUUUGAAGAUUUCAAGUUGAUAGAGGGGUCCGAAGAAAAGCUAAAACCAUACCAUCGCCGAAUUUCCCUGAUUACCAAGGCGACAAAUCUGCGCGGGUUCGGUUUCAAGCAAUACCUCAAGUACCUCGCUCUGAACAUGAGAAUGUUCUUAUUUCCACCAGUGUGGCUUUCCGGAUUUUUCUGGGGUAUCCAAGACGUUUUUCUCACUUUUUACCUGACUACCGAAGAUACAGUUUUUUAUGAUGCUCCUUGGAACUACAGCGACUACGGUGUUGCCAUCAUGAACGUUCCAACCUUGAUUGGCGCUGUGAUCGGAUGUGUCUAUGCUGGUGUGCUUAGUGACCAUUUCGUGUUGUGGAUGGCACGCCGCAACAAUGGUAUUUUGGAGGCAGAAUACAGACUUGUCUUUGCAUUUGCCUCAGCUAUCAUUGGGCCCGCUGGUCUAUUGAUGUUUGGAAUUGGUACAGCUAGGGAACUGUCUUGGCAGGUGAUCUAUGUUGGUCUUGGGUUCAUUGGCUUCAGUUGGGGUUGUUCCGGUGACAUUGCAAUGGCGUAUUUGAUGGACUGCUACCCUGAUAUGGUUUUGGAAGGAAUGGUGUGCACUGCGAUCAUUAAUAACACCAUAUCCUGCAUUUUCACGUUUUUGUGCUCGGAUUGGCUAGACGCUUCGGGAACCGAAAACACCUACAUUGCCCUAGCAGUAAUCAAUUUUGGCAUAGCGCUAUUUGCAGUUCCCGUAUACAUUUGGGGCAAGAAAAUCAGAAGCGCAACUAAGAAGUGGUAUGUCGGGUCAAUUUCCGUAAGAGACGGCGUAUAA